AGAAAUUCAUAAUACAGUGAAGUGAUGUCGGCUUUAUGGGACAGCACCAUGGGGCGAAUGAGCCCCAGUAUGCAGAAAGGAAGUUUGUUCGAAACCAUCCCAAGCCACAAGAAAGCAAAAGAAAAGAAUAUUAAUGCAAACCUUCAUAGACAUGUGGAAUUCCCUUCUCAAAGUAGAGAAGAGCAGGGAGAGAAUCCAAACCGUAUUCCUUUGCUUCUUCAUCGUUAUCAAUUUUCACGAAAGCAAUGUUAUUGGAAUCACAUUCAUCAUCAAUAUUCUCCAGUUCAGUUAAUACUUUCUGGCUCUUUUUCUGGUCUUUAUCAUCUGAAAGUGUAA